GGGGCAGCAACACAAAAGGGCCAAAGAGGGCAUUUUCGGAGGAGUGCAGGGCAGCAAUCGGAAUUCAAUCGAAAGAGCAAUAGAAAACUUCCCUUCUUGUUCUCCCGUCGGCCUCACGCAGUUCUCCGAGGUUCUUCCUUCUCCUCUUUCAUCGAUUGCUCGUUGAGACUCGGCCAAGAUGCAUUCCAGUCACUUGCUGCUCGAGGAGCCUAUUCGCAUGGCUUCCAUCCUCGAGUCCUCAAAGUCUAGCUUCUUCCCGGCAAUGACUAAGAUUGUUGGGACUCUCGGCCCCAACUCGCGAUCUACGGAGGUGAUUGCGGGAUGCCUCACGGCUGGAAUGUCGGUGGCUCGGUUCGAUUUCUCGUGGGGUGACGCUGAGUAUCACCAGCAGACUUUGGAGAACCUGAAGGCUGCCAUCAAGAGCACCAGGAAGCUCUGCGCCGUUAUGCUCGAUACGGUGGGUCCUGAGUUGCAGGUCCUUAACAGAAGUGAACAACCCAUUUCACUCCUGCAAGAUGGUCUUGUUAUCCUGACACCAGAUAGGGAACAGAAUGCCUCAUCAGAAAUAUUGCCCAUUAACUUUGAUGGGCUAGCUAAGGCUGUGAAACCUGGUGAUACCAUAUUCGUUGGUCAAUAUCUCUUCACUGGCAGUGAAACUACUUCUGUCUGGCUGGAGGUUUCUGAGGUGAAAGGAGAAGAUGUGGUAUGUGUGAUUAAAAACACCGCUACAUUGGCGGGGUCGUUGUUCACUCUACAUGCUUCUCAAAUCCGUAUUGAACUACCCACCCUUUCUGAAAAGGAUAAGGAGGUUAUUAGUGCUUGGGGAGUGCCAAAUAAAAUUGACUUUCUUUCAUUAUCUUAUACCCGGCAUGCAGAAGAUGUCCGUCAGGCCCGUGAGUACCUCUCUAAGCUAGGAGACCUGAGCCAAACUCAAAUCUUUGCCAAGAUUGAGAAUGUCGAGGGAUUGACGCAUUUUGAUGAGAUAUUACAAGAGGCUGAUGGCAUUAUUCUUUCCCGAGGGAACCUGGGCAUAGAUCUUCCCCCUGAGAAGGUGUUUUUGUUUCAGAAAGCUGCCCUUUACAAGUGCAACAUGGCUGGCAAGCCUGCUGUGGUAACCCGUGUUGUGGACACUAUGACCAACAACUUGAGGCCAACUCGUGCUGAAGCAACUGACGUUGCCAAUGCUGUUCUAGAUGGUGAGUUCCCAAGCCAGAAGGGAGAAUAUCUCAUUGGAGUGACGCAAUUCUUCUUGGUGCUGAAACUCUACGUGGGAUAUACCCUGUGGAAACCAUUUCUACUGUUGGCAGAAUUUGUUGCGAGAUGUGAUGUUUCUUUCUUCCCUUAUGAGCUUACAUCUUUUUGCUAUGCUGAUCAACUCUUGCAGGCAGAGAAGGUUUUCAAUCAGGAUGUGUAUUUCAAGAAAACUGUCAAAUAUGUUGGAGAGCCGAUGACUCACUUAGAAUCUAUUGCCUCCUCUGCGGUUCGAGCAGCCAUCAAGGUGAAGGCCUCUGUCAUCAUAUGCUUCACUUCAUCAGGAAGGGCCGCUAGACUGAUUGCCAAGUAUAGACCAACAAUGCCAGUCAUCUCUGUUGUUAUCCCCAGACUCAAGACAAACCAACUUAAGUGGAGUUUCAGUGGUGCCUUUGAGGCAAGGCAAUCGCUUAUUGUUCGAGGUCUCUUCCCAAUGCUCGCUGAUCCGAGACACCACGCGGAAUCAACGAGUGCCACAAAUGAUUCAGUCCUUAAGGUCGCUUUGGACCACGGGAAGGCCUCAGGUGUGAUCAAGUCCCACGACAGAGUAGUCGUCUGCCAGAAAGUCGGAGAUGCGUCGGUGGUUAAGAUCAUUGAGCUUGAAGAUUAGAGGUGAUGACACAUUACACAAUGUAAUGGGCAAAUUUUGUCUCCCCCUCCCUACAUGUUAUAGACCAAAUAUAAAAGGAAGUGGGUGACAAGGGUUUAAGAUAUUAUUACAACACUCACUGCGGAGGGUGUGAAAACCUCCAAUUUUUUGGGCGUAUUUAGUUCUUGGUUUUGAGAUUGUAUUAAGGAAAUGAAAUACACUGAGCCAUCUGUUCUUAGCUCAGCCUAUAAACUACAGGGAGGUGGAAAUUUGGGAGAUAUUGCCUUUGUGCCUACGAAAAUGUUUCACUCUUUUAUGCAUAGUUGCCGUCCAAGUAUCUACAUGGGUAUAAAUGAUAUUUUUCUCAAACUGCUUAGCAAAGAAACUUAAUUACGACA